AUGGUCAAGGCAAUCGCUUUCUCUGCCGCCCUCGUGGCCGCCUCUGCCGCAUCUCUCGCUCAGGGAGCAGCCCUCAAGCAGGACCCCCUCUUUGGCUGUGUCAGCUACCAGACCGGCCCUCUUGGCCUCGGAUCGCCUGGCAGUGACAUUGCGCCUGCCAACUUCGUCGCUGGUCACACUGAGAAGUCUCUGAUCACUGGCAGGAAGAACUUGUCGGUUCUUGCCACCACCCACCCCAACGGAGAGCCUGUCACCGCGGGCAACUUCGAGUUCCUCAACUGCACUCGCAGUCUCAUUGACAGGGGCUACAAGCUCAACGUUCCCAAGAACUUCAAGAACCUCGAUGGUGACUACACGUAUACCUGGGGUAUGCUCCGCAACGCCAAGUCGAAGCUGCAUGUCCUCUCCACUCGCGAGGCGCCCAACUCCAAGGGCCAAGUCGAUGCACAGCGUCUGAUCCAUGCAAGGUACGCUGAGCUGCCCAUCGAGGCCCGAACCUUCAUUCUGGCCACCGCAGACGAUGGUGCCACGAACUACAUCGAGUUCUACCCCUUCGCCGGAACCAAUGCCGCGCCCAAGUCUGGUGUCGUCUACCCUGUCUCCAACAAGUACGGAUCGGUCGACGUCUCCACCGACCACUCUAAGCACAAGGGCUCCACCUUCCUCCACCUGCAGGGCAACGGAGCAGCCAACCCUGGCACUGGCGCUGGCUCGACCUCGACCUCAACCUCUACCUCCUCUACCCGAACCAGCACUCGCACCAGCACUGCCACUAGCACCACUACUGGCACUGCCGCUGGCACCCGAACAACCAGCAGCACUAGCACUGCUACGAGCACUGGUACAGCUGGCACCCCAAGCGCAACUGGCACUGUAGUUCAGUGCCCCAAUGGUGACGAUGGAACCCUCAAGUGCGCCGGAGCUACCGUUACGGUUGGCUCUGGUACCGAUGCCGAGUGCCCCAACGGUGACGACGGAACGCUCCUUUGCCAUGGUGUCACUGUCACUGCUGGCUCAGGAACUGCCGAUGAGUGCCCCAACGGUGACGACGGAACCAUCCUCUGCUCUGGCCUCGAGGCAUCCACUGGCACCGACCCCGUAGAUCCCAACACCGGUAUGGGAACCCCAACUCAGUGCCCCAACGGCGAUGACGGUAGCGCUCUGUGCGCCGGCGUCGAUGUCACCGCUGGAUCUGGUACCGUCACUCAGUGCCCCAACGGUGACGAUGGAACCCUCCUCUGUGCCGGUGUCGACGUCACCACUGGCUCUGGUACCGAUGCUGAAUGCCCCAAUGGUGACAACGGCACCCUCCUCUGCGCUGGUGUCACCGUCGAGGCUGGCAGUGGUGACGAAGACGAGUGCCCCUACGGCGACAACGGAACCCUCCUCUGCGCCGGUGUCACCGUCUGCCCCCUGGGCGUCUGCAUCGGUGUCGGAGCUGCUGUCUAA